AUGGAACACGAUGCCUCCGACAUUCUGGGUCAGAGAACCACACCCCUGGUACCGGGCAGUCAGCCAGCAAAAUCCUCGUACUCCACGACCAAGCUGGUUUUCAUCGCCCUGGGUCUUUUGGUUCUGUAUUCAAUUGCAACUCGGCUAUGGAGGCGAGUGCUUCUGUGGCGGGAAAGGUCUUAUAAAUUAGCCACGCGCCGCCGUCACGGUAUCCCGGACAGCGAUCUUCGCCCCUUCAAUGUCGCCUACACCGACGCUGUUAUGAAGGCCCGCGAGGAGGAAAACAGGAACAGGACGGACCUCCGACACAAACCUGCAUUCCGGCCGCAACCGUCCACGCUCGAUCAACGUGAGGCAUUCCCCGAGCACAUUCUUCGCCAGCGCUCAGCUGUGGCACAACGGUCCGAUGUCGGCAUGCGGAGUACAGCUGUUCCUGUGCCCGGUGCGUACAGCUCUGGAUCGUUCGACUCACACCAACCUCCGCAACUCCAUGAGAUCAACACCAAAGGGCAUCAAACCAGGAGCCCCUACGUGCAGCCUGUUGUGAACGGUGUAAAACCUCUUUCUCGUCACGGUGGUUAUCUCAAUAUCGACGAUGCGACAUCAGAUAACGAAGCCAGAAAACGCACCUGGGAUGAAACACUUGAAGAGGAGCACGAGGCAAAGAAAACUAGAGUGGAGGGUGAGGAGUUGAUCGAUGGCGAUGAGGAGGCCGAGUUUGAGGAGGCUGCGCCGAAGCGAGGGUCGAAACGUGGUAUCCGCGACGAGGAUGACAAUGAGGAGGUCAACGAGUCGAAGAAAGCCCGAGGAAAACGCGCGCGGAAAGUUUCUCAGGAGAAAGCAGCGCACCAUUAUCAGGGCGAUCAAAGUAUGGAUGUCGACGAGGAGGAGGAGGCGGACGAGAUCACGGAGCUGAAGUCUAACUUCCGCGGAAAGAAGCGGGAUCGUGCUGAAGCCGGUUCGACCUUCGGUGGUGAUGACGAUGACGACAGUGCGGCAGAACGAGAGGCAGAAGGCAACUCCAAGGUUCGCAAAGGUAGAAAGCGACGCACAGUGGCCAAACAAAAAUCCGAAGCCAGUUACAUCCGAGGCAAAAAGCGUGAACGAGGUCAAGAAGACGGUGGCAGUGAUAGCGAUGACAGCUCCUCCAACAAGAAGUCCUCCCGCAAAAAGAAGGGCAAACGUGCAUCCCACAUCGAGCGUCGCGAUUCAAAGAGCGAUAUCUCCAUAGACGAGUCUACCACGUCAACAAGGAAAGGUCGAGAGAUCGGUGAAGAAUGGGAAAGCAACAACGUCAAGUAUAAGAUAGGACCUAAUGGCCAGAAACUUCGCCUCACCCUCGUGAAAAAGGCGAGGCAAAAGUUUGUUAUGCCCCAAGAUUCUCAACAUCCGGAUCGCGACGCCAAUCUCCAAGUCUUCAUCGAGUGUUGGCUUACAGAUGAAGAGUAUCAAUCUGCCAAGGCGGAGGGUAUGUUGCACUGGCAAGACUCGCCGGGCAAGGCAAAGGACACAGAGAAACUAUCUUUGGAUAUCUCGCAGGCUGAGCAUGGGGUACCUUUCCCCCAACCGCCAGCAGGGAAGAACCUUCUCUGGUCCACUUCUACCUCGGCAACGACACCAACUAUCUCCUCCGCGUCCCAGUCACCUGUCAUUGACAGUUACCCUGCUGAGAAGUACCGGAACUAUCGCGGCAGCUACCGCCAUUCGAUCGCCACUUCGGUUGGGCUGCCCAUUAAUGCUUUUGGGUCCUCGACGUCUACCGUGCCGACUAUAAAACGUAUUGCCUCCACUACGAGGACCCUUGGCUUGAACUCAAGUACCAGUGGUUCUCCAGGGUUGUCGGAUAGCACAAAUGGCAGUCCCAGAACGCCCCAGUCGCAUAAAGUCUUCUCGAAGUGGGAAAAGCAGGAGCUGGAAGCGAAGGCAAUGAUGAAGAUGCGUGAAGCGACCAGGAAGAAGGAAAUGGAAAAAGAGGCGAAGCUUAAGGAGGAGAGGGACCGUGCUGAACGUGCGGCGGCGGAGAAAGCCAAGGCAGAACAGGAGAGGCAGCAAAGGGAAAGGCAGGAGAAAGAGCGUUUGGAGAAAGAGAAAGCAGCCAGGGCGGAGGCGGACAAGAAGGCGAAGGAGAAUAUGAGUGUGCCGUCGAUAACAGUUACAGCCCCGACGAUGACAACGUUCUUGGUGGUGCCCGUCCCCAAUUUCUUCAACAACUUUACGAACCCCCCUAAGCCUGCUGCUACCGCUCCGGCUCCCGGCACGACAACAUCAUCAGGACAACCCUCGACUGCGCCCAAUUUCUUCAGUAAUCCUGCUUCGUCUGCCCCAGGUGCAUCAAGUGCCAGCCAGGAACAACCGAAGCAUACUUCAGGGUUUUCUGCUCCAGCAUCCGGUUCGACUUUCCAUUCGGCAACGGCAUCUUCCUCUGCUCCGAAGUCCUUCUUUUCGUUCAACAAUCCAAGCUCGUCGGCUGCUGGCACGGAGCAGAAGAAGGAUGCAGCCACUGGAGGUUCAGGUACAGAUGCCGCUGGAGCUUCGUUUAUGUCAAGAUUAGGGCCUCAAGCAGGCUCUGAAGCACCCAAGACGCAGGCUCAGGGACAAUCUACGUUCUCGUUCGCUAAACCGGAAUCGUCGAACUCUACCGCCGCUCCGGCUAAUGCAUUCGCGUCUUCUUCCACAGCCAACGCAACUGGUGCAACGACAACCCCAAAAUUCAGUUUCGGGGUCAAGCCAGCGGCUGCCACCACUACCCCUGCUCCAAAUGCUUUCAACGCCCCUUCUUCAUCUUCGUUGAGCGGUGCUUUGGGAGCUGAUGCUUCUAAGCCUCCUGCUUCCAGUACCGGUGCGGCGAACACAGGAUUCAGUUUCAAGGUUCCCUCGACUCCUGCCUCUGCACCUGUACCAAAUGGCACCGCAGGUACAUCGUCGACAACUCCAGCUGGGAUGCCCAAGUUUAGCUUUGCGGCGCCAUCGACGGCUUUCGGCGGUGCUACCGCCAGCAAGACCGCUCAACCUGCCAAGCAGUCGCCAUUCGGGACAACUGGUACGACAGGUACGGCGUCUUCAUCGCCUUUUGGAAACACGACUACGACGUCGGCGUUCGGUACCACUCCUGCUACGACGAACGGUACUGCCGCCCCUUCGCCUUUUGGAACGUCGUCCAAUUUCUCUGGCUCGAGCUCGUCACCGUUCUCGUUCAGUGCCACUGGUUCCAAAGCGCCGUCAUCGUUUGGUAGCUCGACAUUUGGCACGAAUAACGUUGUUAACGGUACAACCUCGACACCGUUCGGUACUGCACCCGCUUCUGCUUCUACUUCCCAACCAGUGAAUAUGUUCGGUGGUGCAAGUAACACAAGUGCAAGCAAGCCUGCUGAGGCUCCUAAGCCUUUGUUUAGCUUCGCCAACCCUGCGUCCUCAACGACUGCUGCGAAUGGCACGAAUGCGGCACCGAAAUCGGCCUUCAGUUUCUGCACGACACCUGCCGCUUCUUCCAACACCUCUAACGGCGCAGCCACCACCGCUGCAUCAGGUUCAGGCACGACUGCCACUCCGUUCUCGUUCAACUUCGGAACUCCAGCAACGACUACACCCCAAAAUUCGCCGUUCGGGGCUGCAGCUUCGUCGGGAACCUCGAUGUUUGGUGGUACUAGCGGUGCCGGCUCCUCGACUCCAGCCUCGGUGUUCGGAGGAGGGGCGUUUGGCGCUCCUGCUCCUAAAUAG